AUGAAUUAUGACAGUCAUGUAGCAGACGAGAGCGCCGCCCUUGCCAGAUCAUACCAAACUGUCGAAGCCAGUGGUAGCUCGGAUGUGGCAUGGAACGACUUAGCGUACCAGCCCAGGUGCACUAUCUACGAGCUGUUUGAGGUUCACAGGCGCUUCGUAAACCGUUACCUCAACCAGUACUUUGAUUGUCUCGAUCGGCUUCCAACCUCCAAUACUGAACUCAACGAGAAUGGCAUAUCUCAAGAGCUUUCUACCCGUAAGGGCUUGAAAGCAGAAAGCAAUAUGUCGCUCUUGAAAAUUUCACAAGCCACCGCGGUCCACGACCUGAAAAUGCUAGUCGAGAUUCUUGACAUGAUCAAAGAGCAAGAAAGGCAUCAAAAGACAACCAAUUCUCCAGCCCUGGCCGCAUGGACGGUCGCGUGCUCCAUCCUUGCCCUUGUGACCCCUCACAAGGUAUCAUCCUCUGCUUUCCAAAUUGGCGCGCUUGCUGGCGCGCUACUCUUUACUGUUCGUCUGCUGUGGAAGCCGUCUUCAUUGGAAUCGUUAGAUCCCGUUCAGCAUAAGCUUCAAGCGCUGUUGCGAUCAUUCGAGGGGGGAACAAUGAAACAUCACGAUCGGAGGGAAGUUUUGAUCGCGGAAUUAAAUCCUCUUGUCACUACCUGCUAUCGUCGUGUGGUAGCAUUUACUGUCCUUUAG